GCCUCAAGGAACCAAUCACAGCUCUGCUCAUACCGGAACUUCCGGGUUUAGCUUGUUUGGUUUAGCUAGCUGUUUACAUACGACAUGGCUGCAGAAAGCGACUUUCUGGCGAGAUAUCGCGCUGUGUCUAAUAAACUAAAGAAACGUUUUCUUCGAAAGCCAAAUGUUGCGGAGGCGAGUGAGCAGUUUGGCCAGUUGGCAAAAGAGCUGAAGCAGCAGGAUUGCCUUCAAUAUGCUGCCUUCUGUAACCUGGCUAUGGCUCGGUGUGAGCAGACUCUCUUUAAUGCUCCCGGAGAGGCUCUGGCCUUAACUGAAGCCGCCCGCCUCUUCCUCACGUCCGAGAAGGAGAACCGAGCCCUGCAGGCCCCGGGCUUCGACGAACACCUCCAAGCCGCUCUCAACUGCUACAGCUUUGCCACAAAGGUGUACAUUGAGAUGAACCAGCCGGUGAUGGCAGCCAGCCUGUGUCUAGAACUUGGCAACGCGCUCAAGGAAAUGAAUAGACCAGGAGAAGCCAUUGUUUACUAUCAGCGAGCAGCAGAGUUGCAGACGCAGUCGCCCAUCGAAGCUCUGCUGUCAAUGGGGGAGAUGGCCUCCUGUAAAAUCCUAACUCGCGACUAUGACGGGGCUUUGUCCGUCUUCACUGAGAUGCAACUCCUGUGUCAGGAGAAAGGACUCCAACUCCCAGGAUCCUCCACUCCCGUCGGUGCUUUCUUGGACAUUGUGGCUAAAUGUGAAAUAUCCAGAGUUCUACUGCUGAUGCUACUUGAGCCCCCGCCACAGAAGCUGCUGCCGGAGCACGCUCAGACGUUGGAGAGAUACGCCUGGGAGUCUUUUGACCCUCACAGUCAAGUGUCGUUCCUGCCUGAGAACGUCUUCCUGCUCCUGCAGUCUGUGGUGAUGGCGUGUCAGGAGAAGGACACCGAGUCUCUGAAGUCUCUUCAAACUGAACUUUGGCCCUUUCUGACAGCUGAGCAGAACCACCUUCUCCACCUAGUGGUGCAGGAGCGAAUUACACCGUCUGGUCAAGGCAUUUAGGCCGGCACAGCUUCCUCUGGGAACGAUAUAUAACGGAACAUUCCUGCCUCUGACUGGGUCUGUUUUAGGGCCCGUUUUCUGCUGUGGAGAACGGUGUUUAUUUAAAAGGUUUUCGCAUUUGUGUUUCUCUUUAAGUGUAUUUGAUGUUUAUCGUUAAGUAAAGAAUAAAGAGGUCGAUGUGAUUGCU